AUGUACGCGCGCGAUACGCGUGUUCCUUUUUUGGCGUAUUCUGGUUAUUUGCCGGUGGACCAUCUGGAGCUGUGCACGCGCCCAGCAACUGGGAUGGAGGACCAUUUCGGCAUGGAUGUCCUUCCGUGCAUGGAUGAUGCAAUGGAAGGCUUUCUAGACACUGUGGAUCUUAAUCAACUAGACACCGUUGAGCUAGGAGAAUUGACGAAUUCCAUUUUGAAUAACCCCGUAGAUUGUGUGGAUAAUGUCAGUGAUAGUGACAGUGGAAUUAGUGGAGUCGGUGACAAAUGUGCAUUACUUACACACAGUGUAAACCUAGGGGACGAAGCUGGAUGUUUGCGCGAAUCCAGCCCGUUUUUGUCUGCCCAAUCUGACUGCGUAUUAACGGAUGCUGUCGGACCGUCGAUGGUCUCUGUCCGCAGUGACAUGCUGCUAUCCCCCAAGGAUGCAAAUAAACCUAGCGAUGAUCAAAACUUAUCUCUAGUUCCCGAUUCUUCUGAUGUGGGGACUUUCUUGGAAGAAUACGAUCCAGUCGUGUAUUCAGAUUCAUCCCUUGAAAAACACCUAUUGCGAAAUUCCAGCAGCUCAUUUCUAAAACACCUCCAACCUGGUAUGGUGUCGAUUCAAGGUUCGGACUGUUCCAGUCUCUCUCCGUCCAGUCCGACGUAUGUGAGCUCGUCGGAUAAUUUUAGCCCCAAUGAUUGUUUGCUCACUCGCGCUCAUCUGGAACGAAUCCGGAAGAAACAGGAACGUAUGAUUAAAAAUCGACAUGCGGCUAGUAUGAGUCGACUUCGGAAGAAAGAGUAUUUAGAACGGCUAGAAAUGCGUUAUGAACAGUUAAAACGCGAAAACCAUCACCUAUGGCGUCAAAAUGAAGAAUGGCGUCUUCGUUGCCUCCAGCUGGAAAAUGCGCUCGAUGGCCUUCAGUCUAAACUGAGCGAUUGUGCACACAAUUCCGAUACUCAGAACAGCCAAUCCGUUUCCCAAAACACUGAUUCUGUUUNAAUCCUGCUCCCACUCCAACGGAUGUCAAGUUUGAAUGCUCUUCCCCCGAAUCAAAUCCAACUGUUGGCUCUGCGAUGCGGAUUGUGCACAUUGUACACAAAAUCUGCGACCAUCUCCAAUGGUUCAUCCAAAUGGACUCUGAACUCAACAAAACUACCCAGCGUGAAAAGUUGGGACCAUUUGCGUUCUCGUCCAUUCGGACAUCGUGUUCUCCUCAGUGUGUCUUCUACCAAGGAUCCGGAUGAAUGGAAUACCAAACCAACUCUUCCCGACUGCAAGUAUUCCACAAACAGUGUGAAUUGUUUAGAAGUGCCAUCCGGUUCGUCUGAGUUGAAUGGCACGGAACCGGUGCAUAUACUUUUGGAUUGGAUUGAAGAACACGAAGCAUUUAGAGUGGGUACGUCUUUCCACAGUCCCAAAGAUGGCCCGCAACAAAAAGGAUCGGUCAACCCACAGGAUUCCAUCCGUCUUACCAGUACCCGAGGAAAUCGGUCUCGCAAGCUCACUUACCCCAAGCCCCCGACUCGUAAUGUGGUUUCUGAUUCGCCACCUGCUCCAUCUGCGCAGUUCACUGCUCCUCGCACCCAGGAUAUAUCUCCGGUUAUCUCAGAGAAAGUGCUAACGACUUUUGAUCCCAUUCACUCUCCGGUUCAUUCUCCAGCAUCCCCGGAUUUCCCUUCUAUCAGUGAACGAGGCGUCCAGCCGUUUCAUCCACGUACAUGGGAAUCGGACGAGCUGGUCAAUGCAGCCGGGCGUCGAAAUGGGACGGUCUAUGUUAUUCUGACGCGAAUGGAUUAUGUACAGUUGGAAACGGUUAAUCCCACUUAUCAUAAUGCCACUCGUAAAAUCACGUUUAUUGUCCCCGCCCACCCAGUUCAAGUCGACAGUUGUGAAAAAGAAGAUGGUAUCACAUUUGAGGAAGCGAUCGCGGGCUUACCCAAGGCUUCAGCAGCAUACGCCUAA